AUGGAAAAAUCGACAGAUAUAUUUUCAUGGACUUAUGACUUACAGUGCCCACCAACAAUAUUCAAUAAUGUAGUGAAGAAAACAUUAUAUUCAGGUCUUGUUGGAUUCAUGUGGGAUGAUUUAUCUGAUGUUAUAUUUAAUCCCAAAAAAGCAAAGACAAUACAAAAAAAUAUUUUACUAUAUCAUUUAAAACAAGAUAAACCUAACAAAGUUAUUCAAUGUAUGAGAAAUAUAUUGCAACUAAAGUUGAAUAAAAAUGAUAUAAAAAAUCAAAUAUCUAAGUUAGAAAAAGAAUAUGAAGAACAAGAUUUUGCAGUUAGACAGAAAGUUCAAAAAGUACGAAAUAUUUCAUCAAAGCGUUCUGAAAAAAGAGCAAGAAGAGAUUUACUUAAGAUGAAAUAUGAUCAGACUAAUACACAACUUCAUGAUUGUGAUAAUAUGAAAUUAGUUUAUCAACAUUUAAUGCCAGGAAUUUGUAAAGAUGUAGAUCAUAAAGUAUUAAUGGAAAUGUCAAAUGUAGUGACAAGUCUUUGGACUAGGGCAAAUAAAAGAGAGGUGUGGGAUAUAGUAUCAAGUAAUUUUGAUCACAUUGAAAUACCUACAUUAUGGCAUCAUUUAUACCAAAGUGUGACAAAAGCUGUAGACACAUUAACUGCAUCUCAAAUUAUGCAACCAAUGGAUUCAAAUAAUAUAAACAUAAAUAUUGGUAUUACCAAAAUGUAUGGACAUCAUAUUUCUAUGGUUUCUAAACGAUUAUUGUAUAAUGCAAAAGCAAAUAAUCAUCAGCGAAAUGUUAUGGAAUUUAUAGAAAAGACUGAAACAGCUUCAAAUAAUUCUGUACGCAUAAGUGAAUGGUUAGCAUUAGCAUUAGAAGUCUACAAAUUAGAAGUUGAACAAAAAUAUCUAAUGAAAGAAGUUGAGAAAAUACAAAAUGAUUUGCAUGAAAAUAAUAUAUUUGCAUCCGAUUUAACAGAAUUAACUUUAGAAAUUCAAAACACCCGUACUGAAAUUGCAAAAUAUAUACAAGAGAUACAGCAGUCAUUACAGAUUUUAAAAUCUGCACCAAUAUUUAUCACAAAAACAAAAGAAAAAAUAAAUUUGGAAUUACAGAAAAUAAUAAUGAUGCGAACUGAUGGUUAUGAUACUAAGAUGUUAAAAAGUGAUUUAACUACUGAAUUGGAUAUAUUUCAUAAUACUUUAGACCUUAAUGCUUUAAGAAAAGUCAUGUUAAAAGGGGAAAUUGGAAUUUAUAGAUAUACAAAAAGCUGCUUCAGUGAAGCUUCUAUUCCAAUUACUAAUUCCCAACUUUCAAAUAUUAAGUUAUAUUUUCCCUGGAUUCAGACACCAAUAUAUUUUUUAAUAGAGUGUUACAAGAAUUUAAUUUCAAUGCUUCUGUAUAAAAAAUUCGAAACUUUGGAAGCUGAAAAUAACGAGGAAAAUACAAAUUUAUUUCAUUUACCUGCAUUAACAUACAAUGAAAAUAAUUAUAAUACAAUUGAUCUUUUGAAGUUAUCAAAAAUUAUCAAUACGAAAACAAGAACAGAAAUUGAUGAAUUUAAUGAACUUUUAAAUGCUUGGGUGAAUCAACCAGUUCAAAAGGUAAUGGAAAUUAUUGAAAAAACUGUAGAUGAUAUAUCUUUUUCGGAAUGGAUUGAACGCUAUGAUUUAUUAUUAUAUAUGUUGCACAAUUCUACAUUGUAUUAUGUUCAUAAAUAA